AUCAUGGGAAGCUAUUCUCCCAUAUUGUUUGAUUCGUACUUAACCGUAGUAGUGCUGCUGCUAAUUAUAGGGGUCUCAUUUGGGGUAAAUGAAGAAGCUCAGCUUUCUUACGACCACUACAAGUUUACAUGUCCAAGGGUCGAAACCAUAGUGCAGAGGGAAAUGCUAAGCAUUUUCUUGACUGAUCCUACUGCACCGGCGGCCUUUCUCCGGCUCUUUUUCCAUGAUUGCCAAGUUCAGGGGUGUGAUGCAUCAAUCCUGCUUGAUGGAAAUGACUCAACCAACAAAUUAUCUGAAAUGGUUUCUUCAAGAAACUUUGGAAUCAGAAAUCGGGAAACGAUCGGCCUCAUAAAAUCAAAAUUGGAAUUUGAGUGUCCCGGGAAGGUGUCUUGCGCAGAUAUCAUAGCCUUAGCUGCCAGGGAAUCGGUGUCAUUGUCAGGACCUCGCAUCCAGAUCCCUCUGGGAAGAAGGGACUCUACCACUUACAGUUCCCAGCAGGCCGAUGCAGAUCUUCCUCCACAAGGAAUAACAGUCGACGAACUCAUUCAUAUUUUCGACUCUAAAGGGAUGAAUCUUGAGGAAUCAGUCGCCAUCUUAGGUGCACAUACGCUUGGUGUUGGACACUGCCAAAACAUAGGAAGCAGAUUGUACGAUCCCCAACCUGGCGACCAGAUGGAUCAAAAAUUCGAAGCUUUCCUAAGAAAAAUAUGCCCGGGAAGAAUUCCCUUAACAAACUUAUGCUUCGCACCCAACGAUGGAACCCCCGCCAUAUUCGAUAACCAGUACUACAGAGAUGUUCUAAAGGGUAGGGGCUUGUUUGGUAUUGACUCAAAUAUCUCAAGAGAUCCACGAACUGCACCCAUUGUUAGACAGUUUGCGGUUGAUCAGAACCACUUCUUCGGAGUCUUCUCUUCUGCUUUUGUUAAGCUUUCUUCAACCAAUGUUCUAACCAACGGGGAGGGUCAGGUGAGGCGGCAGUGCAACCGUAUCAAUGUAGAUGAAAGAUGAUAUAUAAUUCCGAAACGUACUUAAUUAAUAAUCAGUCCUUAAUUUCCUGCACUAAUUAUAUAUAAAAAUAUAUUUGCUAGCUUAUAUAUAAUCAGUAAUAUUGUUGUUCAUGCAUGUCUAGCUACCUAAUUAUUUAUAAUCUUGCUUUGUAUAAAGUCCAUGCAUGGACAUGUUUACGUACGUCGAUCCCUGUAACCGAUGACAAUAUUGAAACCUAUCGACGAUCAUCCUGAUCGUACGUGUUGUAUUGAUUUGUGAUGAAAACGUACGAAGACUGAUUCGAGAUUAAUGAAAUUGCUGA